UUAGGUAUCCAAAAUGAAACCUUGGAUCUACUUUCGAUUUUUAAUGAUCGAAGGGCAAAACUGUAAGGGGGCUGGAAAUGCCGAUGUAAUUGGGGGCAGACGCAGAGCCUGCUGGGCCAUAAGAGGCUUUAUAUAAGCCGUACCCAAAUGUAAUCCACCGGUUCACAUCUCAUCGUGCUUUUCUUUCAUAUUAUCUCCUCUUCUCGCCUCUAUCUUUGUGUGUCUUCUACUGCGCUUUCUUCUCUUUCUCAUCAUCUAAACGGAUUUUGGUUUAGUAAAUUGUUUGUUCGUUGCAUUUGAGCUGAGGCAUGCUAAUUUGAACGUCACAGUCACUUAAUGGCUGCUGCUGCAACUACGGUUUUGAUUUCUUAUACUUCAGUCAUGGCUCCUCCCUGCUGCUCUAAGACGCUUUCUUGUUCCUUGGUUGUAAACACGAUAAUCAGCGACUUUACAGUUACAAAACCCAGUUUCUGUCAGUAUUGGGGCAACUUGUUAUAUCAAAAAAACGAGAGAUGGGGUUCUUGGAAAAUUCAUUCAGGGUCUGGAUUAGCAGUAGUUAAAGAAGAAAAAAGUAGGUUUAAGUGGACUGAGAUUGGCCCCACUUUCACAGAAGAACAAAAGCAAGCCAUAUCUAAACUUCCACCUGAAAUGACCAAAAGAUGCAGGGCACUGAUGAAGCAGAUUAUUUGCUUUUCUCCUGAAAAAGGAAGUUUGGGGGACUUGUUGGCUGCUUGGAUCAGGAACACAAAGCCGGGGAGGGCUGAUUGGCUUGUUGUUCUUAAGGAGUUGAGAUUAAAGGAACAUCCAUUGUAUUUGAAGGUGGCAGAACUCGCUCUACUAGAAGAAUCUUUUGAACCUAAUAAACGUGACUAUACAAAGAUAAUCCAUGGUUAUGGGAAACGAAACCAGCUUCAGGCCGCUGAAAAUAUACUAUUAGCCAUGAAGAGAAGAGGCUUUAUCUGUGAUCAGGUAACUCUAACCACCAUGGUCCACAUGUACAGCAAGGCUGGCAAUUUUAAGCUUGCAGAAGAAACUUUUGAAGAGAUAAAGCUGCUUGGUGAACCAUUGGAUAAAAGAUCAUAUGGCUCAAUGAUCAUGGCCUACAUUAGAGCUGGAAUGCCUGACCAAGCUGAGGUUUUGCUUGAAGAAAUGGAUACCCAAGAUAUAUAUGCAGGAAGUGAAGUUUACAAGGCAUUGUUAAGAGCUUAUUCCAUGAUUGGUGAUUCCAAAGGAGCUCAAAGGGUGUUUGAUGCAAUUCAAUUUGCAGGUAUUACUCCAGACGCCAGGAUGUGUGGUCUCCUUAUCAAUGCAUAUCAGAUAGCAGGUCAAAGUGAAAAGGCAUAUGUUUCAUUUGAGAAUAUGAGGAAUGCUGGUCUUGAACCUAGUGAUAAAUGUGUAGCAUUAGUGUUGACUGCUUAUGAAAAGGAGAACAACCUUAAUAGGGCCUUGCAGUUUCUGAUGGAUUUGGAGAGGGAUGGAAUUAUGGUUGGAAAAGAGGCUUCAAGUGUCUUAGCUGGGUGGUUCAAAAGACUUGGAGUGGUGGAACAGGUGGAACAUGUCUUGAGAGAAUAUGCUUCUAGAGAAGUCACUUGCCAUAUUCCUGCCUUCUAAUCAAAAUCCCCAAGCCCUUUCUCCUUUCUGGUAUUCAAUCAUGGGAAAUCGCCUCUGUUCUUCUGUACAUAAAAUAGGCUUUUUUUAUUUUCCAAGAUGACAAAGAGAUGGAAGUCCUGUAAAAUCAGCAAUUAUUUAAUUGGUUCAUUGCCCAUUAGCAAUCAAUUGUUUUUUUGGAUCUAAA